UCCAACUUACCCCAUAUAUGGGGUAAGUUGGAACGUUUGCGAUGAUGUUGUUCAAGGUGGAUUUUUUCGGUAACCAUAAUAGAGUUUAAAAUUUUAUGGGGUACAUUUGAAGUCCUUAGAUAUAUGCUUCAAAUUGAUAUAUUGAUUGUUUCAUGAAUAAAAUCUAUUUGGAUUUUACAGCCACUUUUGUCAAAAAUGUUCCAACUAAUCCCGGUCUCCCCUACAGUGCAUGAAGAUUUGGUGAUGGUUCAAGUUAGUCAGAGAUUCCAAGGCAAACUCAAACCCAGAGAGAUGAUGAACGAUGAGACAUAAUCAAUGUGAUGUUAUGGCAACGUACCUGAAGAGAAUGCUGCUUUGAUUGAGCAAUCAGCAGACAUCUUCUAUUAAGCCAUUCUUGCAAAAGGGAUCUCGGCAAAUAACAGAGAAUAAAACUGAAGACAGGAUUCAAACCUUUGUUGCAGUUGGGGACAUGAUGAAAAACCUGUAGCCAUGGAAGUCUCACCGGACUUAUCAAAUUCGUACUCCACCAAGACCACAAUGCAACUUGUCCAGUCCCCUCUGGCUUCAAAGCUCAAAGAACCUAUGCACAUCCAUGGACCUACCACCAACAGUGUUAUCGUUGCCUGGACAACCAGCCAGCCCUGGCCAUCCAGUCCUUCCCCAUCAUCCCCAUCCACAACAUCAUCAACCUCUUCCUCAUGGAGGUCAGGAAACAGCCCUUCCUAUUCCCUCCAAGCCACUGAUCCAGGGACAUCUAAGGUAGACCAUGUGGUAUCCUCCACCAAGAUCCUGUGUGCCGUGUGUGGGGAUCAAGCCACAGGACGUUAUUUCGGUGCUCAAAUCUGCGAAGCAUGCAAGAGCUUUUUCAUCAGAAGCACAAGAAAAGGAGAGCCCACCUUUCGAUGUGUGAAUAACCAGGACUGCCACAUCACCCCCUUUUCAAGGCUACUAUGUCAGUACUGUCGCUACCAGAAAUGCAUGAAAGCAGGGAUGGGCCGAAAAGUUAAAGAGCCCAACAAAGAUUUAGCCAAGGACCAAGUCCCAUGUAAAGUAUGUGGUGAUGUAUCAUCGGGUAUACAUUUUGGAGUGUAUACAUGUGAGGGCUGUAAGGGCUUCUUCAGGAGGAGCCUUCGUGAUAGAAAUACCUACAUCUGUUCUGGAAAAGAGGAGUGCAUCAUAACAUCUGUAACACGGAACCAUUGUCGCUAUUGCCGCUUCAAGAAGUGCCUUAGUGUGGGCAUGUCAAGAGCCUGUAUCAAGUUGGGAAGACACCAGAAGUAUAAUACUCAUCUUGUUGAAGAUCAAGGUAAAUCCUCAGUAACACCUCCUCUUUGGCCAAAUGGAGGGAUGCAGAGUGGUUUAAAAUCUAGCCCUGAAACUUCAUCAUAUAAAGAGAAAAGUGAUAAGAUAUCUGCAAGGGAUGUUGAUCAGCGGACAGAGCAAGAGCAAGGCAACAGUAUUCAGAGGGUCUUCAAGCAAGAAAGUGUAGUAGGUGCUACCCCAGCUGUAAGAGAAGCACUAAAGAAGAGCUCCUCCAUACCAAAACAAUUGAGUGAAUCUUGCACACCCCAUAGUGGGUUGUCUCCUUUGGACAUUCCCAAGCAGUCUGUUAACCAGCCACAUGUGUCCCCAAGUAAUGCCCACUUCCAGUACUUACCACAAAACUCUGCUUUGCUUGCCACAUCAGACAAAUGCGCAGAGAUGUCUGUUGCACAUUCAAGGAGCAGAAGCAAUCAUCACAAAAAGAAACCCACUUUAUCUAGUGCACACAGUGUUUCUUCAAGCCACCCCAUGCCCCAGCCACUUGGUGUAAAUAGCAGUGGCUGGGAAGAUCGCAGUUUACCAAAGAAUACAUUUUCUCCAUUGCAGUUUGACUCAGAUAAACAUUCAACUGUCAGUUCCAAAUCUGAUUCAUCUGUACACCCUCAACCUGAAGACAUGGUACUCAUUAAAAAGGAAGUAUUAGAUGCCUCUGCAUAUUCUCCAUACCAUUCAUACAUUAGUAAUCUGAAUUGUUCCCACCUCAGAGAAGAUAUUACUGCCAACCACAAGGAACAAGUUGACAUAGACACUGCCAGAACAGCUAGUGAUGAUGAAAGAUUUGUUGGUAAUCUAGUUGCUACAUCCACAACUUUGACGGAGCCAGAUGUAGUUGAAGUUUUGAGUACUAUGGUAGAGAGAAAUGAUGCUGAACAUGAUGGUCAUGUCUCUCCAGAUUCUCAAUUGAUGUCUAUGGAAAGUGAAUCAAGAAAAAACAUUCACACGAAUAUGUGCGUAUCCCCUGCAGGAUCAAGUGCUUGUUCUGUGCCUGGUAUCUCUCCCCAGAGUAGUCCAGGGCCAUCCUGGAAUGUUUCACAGGCACCAAGUCCUGCAAUCCCUGGCUGCGCCGGUGCAUCUCCCACUGCAUUGCCCACUCUUCCAUUUGAUAAGUAUAAGCAACAAACAGAAGCAUCAGAUGAAACCAGAGAAGUAGCCUUUACAUCUGGUCCAGUUACACCUGUAACAUGUGCUUUAGAGGACAGUGACUAUUCGCCUGCAGCUACCAGCCCAAGCCAUUCCUUCUCCCAAAGUUCACCUAUAUCUCUUGGACAUUCUGCUAACCCUAGUGUCAGUAGUCCCUUGAUGGAUCAACCUCAAAACAGUCAGGCUCUUCUUUCCUAUGACAGGCUCUACACCUGUCCAUUUCCUGGUCAUGUUUCUGCCAAUGUUGCUCGUAAUGUUGCUUUGAUCUGCCACAACCUCCUACAGAGGAUGAAGAGUGGACAUCUGACCGAUCGAGUGUUGUCUGCCCAAACAGAGUUGGACCUGAUGAAGCACACCAGUGAUCUUGGAGCCCUCGAAAGAGACAGCAUUCUGUUUGAUUUGACACGCAGCAUGACUGGAUACACUGCGGUCAUGAAGUCAUUGUUUCACAACGAAAGCAUACGAAUAGCUUCAGAAUAUUUGUCACACCAUCGGGAAUGCAAUAGUGGCCUCCAUUGGGACAAGUUUAAUGAGACUGUCAGUAUGAAGAUCAUUGCCAGUGUUCAGUAUAUCAAGAAAAUACCAGGAUUUGCAUCGAUCGACAUGAAUGACCGUAUAAACUUGAUAAAGCACAGCGUAUUCCCUAUCAUCCUGGUCCACAAAGCUUGGAAGAUGGGUGAGGAAUGGAAGUGGAUGGAGGAUACAUUCUUCACCAAUUCUUCCCUACGCAAGAUGAGUGACGGCUUUAAGGACAUGACAUAUUCUUUCAUCAACCAGUUCAAUUUGGGCAGCUUUGAUAGCAUCGAGGUGGCACUUCUCAUGAUACUGGUAACACUUAAUCCAGAUUUGGAGGGCUUAGAGAACAAGGAGGCUGUUCUUAAACUUCACAAGGAUUAUCGCACCAUUAUGCAGAAUUACUGCCUUGAAACACAUGGCAAAUUGGACAACUACUUGAUCAUGCUACAGUUUGUGCCCUAUCUCUCCAAAAUUGACAUUGUCCACAAGCGAUCCAUACGGCAGUGUCAACAUUCUACUUUCUCCAUGCCAGCUCUCUUUGCAGAAAUAAAUCUGUCUUCAUAAUUUGAUAUUGAUUUCUUGAAGAAACAGGGCAGGUUAGUUGAAGACAUCAUCAGAUUCUUCUGUCAGUCAGGUUUGGCAGAGUUGAAAAAAGAAAUAUGUGUGAACUCUUCAAGUCUUGUGUAUGUAUCAGAAAUUGUGUAACAAUAUUCCUAAAUGGAUGAUGGCUAAUCUUGUGUUUUCUUGUUAUCUAGUUGUAUAGUGAAUAUGAUGUGAUUACCUAGGAUCUAUAGGAACGAUUUCUUCAAAAAUCUCCUCAAAGAAUGUUUAUUUUAUGAGACUCCUAUCUUUUUAUAGUUAUGCAACAAACUAUUUUGGAAGUGUAACAAUUUUUUGAUCCACACAUUUUUAUAAUGUGCAUUCUGUCUUUAUGCCUUCUGUCUUCACAGAUAUUGACCAUUUUAACUUCAAUUUUGAACCAUGGUAGAAAUUGGUUGGAAUGCAGUUGGGCAAUUCCAUAAAAUAUGUACGUCCAACCCCAUGUAUGUGAGGCCUUCAUAAAAUUUUCUGUCUCUGAUUUCUUGUUCUUUUGACAGUCUGUAAUGCUCUCAAAUGGUCAUGAUUUGGUCAGUUUAUGAAGUGAAGUGAAACUUGAGAAAAGUGGGGGUCGCAUGUACAAGAAGGUUGAUUAUUUUAUGGAAUUGCCCAGUUGUAGUUAUUGGAGGCACACAGCAAACUGCCCUUAAAAUCAAAAACUAUUUCUAAUGCACUUCUGAUUGGUGAAAAAUCAGGUUGUGAUCAAUUAUGUAGCUAUUUUUGAUUGCAGUUCUUCCUGCAACAGUCCCCUUGCAUAAAAAAAAGAAGAGGGGGAAAAGAGCAGAUUAUUGAACUUUGUUUAUUUAAGUUUUUGCUAGACAUGCUGGAGAAAAUCCUUUUUGUCGGACUCAGAACUUUUUCACCACUAAAACAAUAUUUUAGCAUUUUCAAUUUUGUGUUCUUUGGGCGAAGUAUCUGAUGACAAACAUUAUUGUGGAUUUACAGGUAAAUCUCACAUUUGGCGUCUGUUGGGCUUUAUUGCUUAAGAGCUAAUGAUUGCAAUUUUUAUUUCAUAAAAUGAAUGCAAUCUCAGUUUAAUUUUAAGAAAACCAAAGAAUAAUACAUAUGGAUUCCUUUAUGAAGGUAGAAAAUGCUUGCACCUUUUUAGAAAACAAGAUUGAUUUUACUAGUCAUGUUAAAUCUUUCCAAAAUUUACCUCCAAAUUGCAUUUAAUUGAAUCUUAUUAUUUAAAGCACAAUAGAGGGGAGGGAAAUUUGUUUUCAAUAAACAAAACAUUUUCAACUAGUUCUGAAUAUUUGAAAUAAGUUGAAAAUAAUUGAGUGACCAUAUUGUUUGAGGCCAUCUCUGAAAUUGUAAUGUAAUAUGUGAAUUCAGAAGCACGCAGUGUAUACCCAGCGUAGAUACACAAGAAUAUGCAAAUAUGGCCAUUGUCUAAACCAAACUUAAAAUUUGUUUAAAAUUUUCUAAUUUGUGUGUGUGUGUACUUGAUGUGAUAAUUGUUCACCAUGGAAUGAAAUGAAUCACAUUUGUAUGAUAAUUUGUGUGUGAAAAAAUUCAAUGAAAGAAAAAGACCGAAGUGUACUAUAAAAAAAAAACAGGGAGAUGUGCACAAUGUGUUUGUGCCUUUUGAUUACCUCAAAUAUUUUUCAUUAUUUUUUUUAUUAUACAAUAGAUUUAUCCUUAAAAUUUUGAUCGGCUCAUUGCUGGUGGCAUGUUUUGUUUGACGCUGAGUUUUAAACAAAAUUUGUCAAGAAAUUGCGUAUUAUAAAGAUUUGUUUAAUGUGACUAGCAAUGUUGUAUAGAAUGAAUUAUGUGUCAAUGUAUAGUAAGUAGUCAUUGGGAACUAAAUGGAUAAGUGUGUACUCUUUCUGAUUGAAGUAAGCACAUGUAUUGGCAUACACAUACAGAAUGAAUACGCAAAGUAGUGUUUGUCGCACAAAUAAAUUUUGCAAUGCUUGAUCCUAAUAUGGACCUGUACACUUAAAUUGAUAUUUUCCAUUGCCUGUAUGCACCACUGUGUAUAUUCAAAUGCCUAUAUACAUCGUUAAAGGAUUGCAGCUUUGAUACUUUCCCAAAGCUCUACAUCCUUUCACGAAACUCCCAUUGUAGCUUUGCCUCCAAUGGUUAUUACCGUGGAAACUUUAAUUUGUUGCCAUGGUUAUUGUCAUGGUUAACAAAGUGACCAGUAAUGGUUCAUCAUUAACACAAAAACCAUAGUUUUGAUUAGCUGUUGAGCGAUUUUGCGAUGGUAGUUGCCAUUGAUAAUAAUUACCAUCAGUGGUUUUCUGUAACCAUGGAAACCAUUUUGCGUGCUGUUGAUCGACCUUGCCACAGAUAACGGGAUUCCUGUCCGUGGUUCAUAGUGAUGGAAACAAUUUUGAUAAUCUGUAAAGUAUUUUUGUCUCGCCUGCAUAGCAGAGCGAGACCAUAGGCGCAGCUUGUCCAUCGGCGACAACAUCAACAUUGAAAUCAUAACCAUGGACAAGUUUUUGAAAUGUAAUCAUAACUUAGAAAGUAUAUGGACCUUUUUCAU